AUGAGCUUCUCACUCACAUUCUCUGAGCUGGUCAACAUCGCCAUCCCACAGUGCGGUGUGGUGAACUUCAAGGCCAUGCACCUUCUCCUCCAUGGCAUCCUGGAGCACAUCCAAAUGGCUGAGCUCAAGAAGGUCCUCUCGGGGGAUGAGGACUUCCUCCAGUCCUCGCAGGCUGUGUUCAUGCCCCGGGAAGGAGAUGCUCAGCCCAUCCUCAACCCCAUGAAGAGGCUGAGCAACGUCUUUGACCACGUGGUGAGCCGCAUUGACAAGAUGGAGAGCCAGAUGGCCACAUUGCAGGACCUGCCCUCUACCUCUGAGCUGGUGCAAGCCAGCCAGGGGGCCUGCCGGCCAGCCCAGGAACUAUGGCAGCUGAUAAAGCUCCGGAAGAUGGUGGAAGGCAAUGAAGAAGCCACUGAGAAGUCCAUGAAGACCCUGCAGGAUUUGCUCAUUGACAUUCAUGCACUGAAGGCCACCACUGAAACCCUCCGGAAGGAUGUGGACAAGCUGAUGGACAUAGUUAAUAAGAUACAUGUGGAAAAAAUAGCCACUUUCUUUGAUGAUUUGAAAGGGCAGAAUCGGAAGAUGAACGCGCUGCAGCGGGAUGUGGCUAUUCUCCAGAACAAGAUCCUCACCAUCCCCAAAACUGAGGAAUUGGUACUCUGGAGCAGCCUCCAUGAGGCUAUGUUCACCCCACUAUUUUUUCCACAGGGAGCUACUUCUCUACAGCUGGAGGAUUCUGAUCUGUGGCAGAUUACAGAUCAGCUCCAAGAGACUGACCUUCCCCACACCACCAAGUACCUUGAAACUGCUCAUCAGAGCCAGAUCUCAGAGGCUGUCCAACUCCCCAAGCUCCUGGAUACCACUUUGCAUUACCAGGUCCCAGAGAAACUACGGGAGGAGGAGUCUACCCGGGCAGUUCCACUCACUGGGGCCCCAGGGUUGGGGAAACCUCAGGUGCUGGAGCGUUGGCCAGCAGCCAAGACUGGGUCUGCACCUGGACCCAGGCCUGGUUUGAUGCCGAGGCCAGAGCCUAAGUCCAUGCCUGCACUUGGACCCAGGCAGGGGCCCCAUCUGACACCUGACUUCACACUAGCACCUUGGCUUCCAUUCAUACCUAGGCCUGCCCAUGAACCUGGGCCUUCCUCUGGACCUGGGCCUGCCCCUGGGCUUGAGACUGCGUUCAGACCUGGGCCUGCCCCUGGGCUUGAGACUGCAUUCGGACCUGGGCCUGCCCCAGGCCCUCAACUCGCCCCACCAGGAAUCUGGCCUUUUAUGCCAGGUAGCUGGCCUUUAAUGCCAGGUAGCUGGCCUCCUCCCAGAGGCUUGCCUAGGCCUAGCACUGGGCCUUUCUGGGACUUAGGUUCCAUCCAGCCUAGCCAAGGCCCAAUGGGCCCCCUGUCUGCUCAGCCCCCAGGCUUGAGGGCCCCACCACCAGCCACAGAACUUGGCUCUACUUGGCCUUACCCACGGUCAUCACAGUCUCACCGUGCAGAGGUGCAUGAGCUCCCAGUUGUCUCAGAAAGUGCAGAAGAAGAGGACUUACCGCACAAGAAAAUAUCUCAGGAUGAAGCCCCCAGAGCUGAGGCCCCCAAGGAAAUGGCCCCUAAGGAAUCCCAGUUUGCCCUUCAAAAGAUGAAAACCACUGCUGCCGUUGCAGCUGCUGCCGCUGCCGCCUAUGCAGCUGCUGCGACCUCAGCAGCCCGGGCAGCCGGGAUCGCUGCCAAGGUCGUCAAAGAUGCCCCCGCCACCAAACUGGCCACGGUAGCAACAACCGUGGCCGCAUCUGGGCCCUUAGGGGUCUUUGCAGAUGUCAUGGGCGCUGGGUCUUCCCGUGGGGCCACAGGCUCCGUGGUCUUCCCUAAUGACACCGAGAUGGAAGACUUGCAGGAGCUAGACUACAGUGACAUCUGGCCUUCUUCACAUGCUGCUGCUGCCUUCAUCCCACCCGAUACUGCCUUCUCCCAGUCCAUGCUCGCAGCCAAACAAGCUGUGACCCCCGAAGACAAGAAGAAGGCCGUCAAGUAUUCCAUGAGCCACAUAGCGCAGAUACCUAUUCGACACGACUCCCUGAAAGAAGAGCUUGUCCAGCUGUCAACCAACUUGGAACAGCGCAUAGGUUAUCUAGCUAGUAUGGGAGCCUCUGCCAAGAUUGGGACAACAGUGGACAUACUGCAAGAAAAGCUUGGCAGUCUCCAGAAAUCCAGGAUGCAGGAAGAGGAACUCGAGAGAAUUUGGGGCCACCAAAUAGCAGUGGUAAAGGAUCACUACAUCGUGCUGGACAGGGCAGUGGAACAAAUCCAUAUUCGCCUGGAUGAGUUUAAGAUUCUCCGAGCUCAAAUAAAAGACCUAGAAAUGCGCAAGGCAGACAAAAACGUGAUGGAGCAGGAGUUGAAAGAGAAAGCUGACAGGAGCACUCUGGCAGGCAAGGCAAGCCGGGUUGACCUGGAGGCGAUGGCAGUGGAGAUGAACGAGAUGAUGCAGAGCAUGCUAUUCAGGGUCGUGUCCCAUGAGGAUGACUGGAAGAAGGUUGUGGAGCAGCUCAGCAAGGACCUGGGCACCAAGCUGGUCCACAGGGAUUUGGAGGAUCUAAAGAAAGACAUAAAUGAGGUCGAGCAAUUAGUCAAGAAGCUGCUAAUCGAAGGCCUCCGAUUUGAUCCAGACAGCGCCGCUGGCUUUAGGAAGAAACUGUUUGAGCGGGUGAAAUGCAUUUCCUGCGACCGGCCUGUGGAGAUGAUGACUGGACCACACCUCAUCACCAUCCGCAAAGCCCACCUGCUGUCUCGGCUUCGUCCAGCUAGUGCCAACAGCUACGAGUACCUCCAGCGGCAACAGAUGAGGGAACAGCAGCGGCUGAAGCAGCUUCAGGACCUCGGAGACAAGGAGGACUGGAGUGAUGGCCCUGGGAAUGACGGCAACCACAAGCUCAAGUCAUAUAAUUUGUCAACACUCUACCCCUAUGGGGACCCUGAGUUGCUGGACUAUGAUACUGCCGAGGUGGACAUCCUGGGAGUGGACGGGAUCCUGUACAAGGGCCGAAUGAACACCCAGGAUGGGGCACGACCACUGGCCAGUGUGGAGAAGGAGUCGGCUGCUGUGAAGGUUCCACAUCCCCCGGCUCGAAACCUGUAUGAGCGCUUGGGUGCUACCUACCCCUCCCUGCAUCCCCGUGCCAUCAUCCGCUCAGCCACCUCCAGCCCCCACCCCAUGCUGCCAGCUCGGCCUCCAUCUACGCCCCCGCUGCCACUGCUGCCACCGCUGAUGCCGUCCCUGCAGGACCCCUCGCAGGCCUCAGGGUCUACCAGGCACCCAAGGUCUCAGCGCUUCGAAUCCCGAGCCAGCACGCGGCCCACCUAGGAGCCUGACAGCCCGUGAGCCCUGUGCCCUGCACCCGCACUGUCCCUUCCAUCCCCCUCACCUGCCGAGACAGGCUGAAGCCUGGCCUGAGGAAGGUUCAGGGGCCCUGGACAUAGGGAGGCCUCACUGGGACCCAGUGGCUGUUUUCACUGCCUAUAAAUACACACAGCACGAUGCUUCUUAUCCCACAUUACAUGAAGAACACAGCUUUCUGGAUUGAAUUUUCCACUAAGCCAAUUUAAUUCCUUGACCAAUUUUCAAUAUGACACAGUUAAAGUGAUUUCAUGAACACUUUCCUUUUUAUUUUGCUGAAAUGAUUUCAUCAGUAUCAGUUCCAGCUCCAGCUUCCGCCACUGUCCAUUUUCUUUGGGGGCCAUUGUAUCCGCCAGGAUCAAUUUUCCCAUGGGAACCAAUUUUACUGUGUGCAUUUUAAAAAAUUUUGUGUUGAUUAUUUCCACCAUUAAUUACUGUUCUGAAGUGAAUGUUUAAAGAAGUUGACUAUAUUUACCUCUGGCUAAUCCCUGAGGAACUUGGGCAGUGGCCCUGGAACACUCUGGGACCACUGUGUCCCAUCCAGGGCCGGGGUCCCGCACACCUGUGUGACCUGUCUGUUCCCAUGCUACCCCUGUGCACCUGGUGGGAACAGAGCAAACUGGGAGGUCAAGACAUCCACACUGGCAGUUUAGCGGACCCCCUUAGAUCACAGAGCAUUGCUCACACACGCCAGCCUGCAUAGUGCAUGCCUGGCCUGGUUUCUUCCCCUCGGACGGCUUAUCCGUCCUGCCCUUCUCCCUCUCAGUUUCACUCCCUCUCCGCUCCCUAGCUUGUCUAGUUGUGCUCUCUGUCGUUAGUGUAGUUCUGACACUCCUGUCACAUUUCACAAAAACUAAAAAAUUUUCCCUCUGUGCAAUAUUAGGGCAUGACCCACCCCCCACCACUGCCAACAUCCACUAGAGGCUCCUGGGAUGGUGGAGUGAGUUGGAGUGAGUGGUCCGAGGGUCUGCCCUGGGGAGGAUCGGGGGCUCGGGGCUGUGCCUGGGAGCUGGCAUGCAGGGUUCCCUAGGUCUGAUGGCCCCUGGAGUCCGGGCACACUGUGUACCUGCCCCUUUCCUAACGGUCCCCCAGCCCUUCCUUACUGCAACCACUGCCGGCCCUGACUUUUCUUUUCUAGAACUCUCCAAGGACUGUGUCCAAAUGGGAACAAGCUCUCCCUGACCCGGGUCUACGCUGCCCGCUGUGGGCACUGGCACUGCAGCCCCGGCCUCCGACCCCAUGCCCAUAGCACAGAUGAGUAUUUUUGGCAACUUCUCCCCAGAAUAAAAUUUUCCAUCUUUCACUCUUCUGACUGCGGAUAAGGGUAAAUGGCCCAGUAUCUUCUGUGAGGGAUGGCUUUGCCUGCCCCACAUGGGUGGGUGAACCUGCUGACCCCUCCCUGGGCCGCCAUUCCAGCAUCAGCUUCCCAGAGCCACUGCCCAAAGCCACCAAGGCUGACCCUCAGCAGAGAAUUGCAACCAGCCUCCCCUCCUCUGUCAUAACUUCCCACUGUGGCAAAGCGCCCUGAGCCACCCCGGCCUGUGGGGGCAGGGGUAUUGGUGUGACUCACCCAGGGUCACACAGUGAGGCCUCAGCUCUCCAGCUCCCACCCAUGAGGCCAUACUUCCUGGGUACUGUGCACAGGGAUGAGGGCCUGGACUUCCAUCACCUCCCCAAGGCAGAAAAGGGAAGCAUGGCCAGGUUUCGGCACUCAGGAAGCUGAGGGUUCCUAGGGAAGCACCCCAUGCCAGCCUUGUCCCCUAAGACCCUGACAUGAAGGCAUCUACAGGCACCUGGCAUGACUCUCAGCCCCUCAAAGCUGCCUUCCCAGUCAUUUCUCAGGUUUACAUCAGAAUCAGUGCCUACUUGGUACCUGCAGCUGAGGGAGUGGAGCGAGGCCCAGGUAUCACCCUGUAACCAUCUGCAUUCUGACAGACCCCUCAGUGCUCUGGAAGGUAGGAAACCAUAGUCCCAAUUGCGGCCAGCCAGGAGCGAUACUGGAAGACAGUCCUGUCCCCCAUGGGGGUGGGGGAAGCCGGCCUUUGGCCUGGUCCCAAGUGGCAAGGGUUCUGCCUCCUAAUCCCAACCCAAGGGCAUGGGACCUGAAGGCCUUGAAAGCUGGAAGGGAGGUGCUGUGCCCACUCCCAGGGCAGCUGCCUCAGGACAGUUGCCCACCCAUGCCAGCAGGGAAAGCGCUUGGGGAGUAGACAGUGCCAGGGAUGGAGUCCGAAGAGUGGUGAUGUUGGGAGAACGUAGGUCCAGCCUCCUCCUCUGCAAAGAGGACCACAGUUCUGAACCUGAGACAGAGGCAGGGCCAGGCAGUAGGGUGACCAACUAUCUUAGUCUGCCUAGGAGUGAGAGGGGUCCCUAGAACUUUCAGUUUUAAGGCCAAGAUAAAUCUGUCAUAUGAGGGGGAAGUCACGUGGACUGGCCGGGUACGUGGGGCUGCAUGAAUGAGCCAGCAGGAAGGGGAAGGAGGUGUCUCUUGCCAAGCAUUGUGUCCUGCCUCGAGGUUCUGCUAAAAUGGAGAUGCUGGGCAGUAACCACCCUGCACCCCCAAAUCCAGCCCCACAACCCACCGAUGGAAGUCAAAGGCCACUGAACAUGUUCUCCCUUUCAGUGACCGUGAACCCAUUAAUCCUAUGGUAUAAACAGCCGGCAACAGCAAGCGUGUGUCCCAAACAAGUAGAGCUGUGUUGGAAAAAGGAGCCACCAGUACCCAGAAGCAGGCUGCCAGAAGGCAGCAGCUGGGGCACUGGAGGGAGGGCCUUCUGUGUAGGAGCACUGAAAUCAGUGCUGGUUUCCCCUGCCACCAUCAUCUCAGCCUGACCCCUGACUUUGUAUGAAUUUAGGGACUCUAUGCAGAGACCCUCCAAAAUCCCACACCAACAGCCAGAGAAGGGGUUCUCCUCUCUCUCCUUCCUCCUCUUGCUCAUGGCUUCACCAGGAUCUGUAGAGAAUGUCCCCACCAGAAUCUGCAGCCAUUAUUCCCUAGAUGAGAAAUGGCCCCAGGAAGCAGAGCCAAAAUCUGCCAACAGGCUCCCAGCACCUUGUGCUGUGCCAUUGACAAGCCUUGGCCACACUGUAGGUGGGCGCUCCUCUGGAGGACCCAGCAUCCCCACCCCUAAAAGAGGGGUGUUCCUUUAAGACUUAUUUGAAAUACAUAUAUUGCCCAAUCAUAAGCUGUGGCUAGGCAACCUGACCUUUUCAAAUGCAGGAAUUGGAAAUAGCUUUGCCUCAAAAUAUCUCAUUUUGGCCAACCCAGGUGGCCUCCCUGACACCAACACAGGGGAGCAACCUGAGUCAAAGCCGGUCUGUCCUCAGAUGAGUCCUGCUAUGAAAAGCCCACAGAGACCUCCAGGGCCACAGCGGCCCCGCCCUCCGGGUUUGGGAGCCAGCCUCGGGAACAGGGUGGCUUUCUUCAGUGGUGCAUGUGUUCUCAGAGAACCCCAGGAAGACCUUCAGCAGCCCUGGGAGCACCCUAGUCAUCCAGGGAAUACUGCAGGGGAACAAGCACGAGCCCUUCUCUCUUUAAAGCUGUGCAGAGGGUGCCCUGCCUGCCCACAAAAACCAUUUCAGAGUCGUCAUUCGUCUGCCAGGUGCUGCUCUACCCCACGGAGCAGGGCACCUACUUCAGACACUCCCCCUGGGGAAAGCAAGAUCCCUUUCAGAUUCCAGCCGAUUCCAAGAUGAGAGUCAGAUACAUGCACACAUGCUGGUGGCCAGUGGACUGGGCUGGCCGGCCAAGGGCAAGCUGUGUCCCUACUGCGACGGUUGGCUUCAGCCAGCUAUGGCCUGUAUGGGAACUUGGGCAGUAUUACAAAUUCCCAAGAUAAGCCAGAAGUGAGGCUUUUCAUGUAAACUCUAAUUUAAAAAUGUUGGCAGACAAAAACAAAACAAAAACCACCAAACCACCAUGACAGCCAAACUGCCUGCAUCAGGGGACUGUGAGUGUGCAAUCCCCUAAGAUAACCCCGUCCCAUCUUUUAAGAGUAGUCCAGAGGGCACAGCUACCUCUUGUCACCCCUAGAGGCCAGAUCUCAUUCCCACAAACUGUCACAUCCCCUCCAGAGAAAUCAGAGAUCAAAUGACACUCUUUUAAGCAACUUCAUGGGUGCAAAUGUUUUUUAGAGUGGAAUUUUGGAAAUAGUCAUUUGGAGCUCAAAUCUGGCAAUCAUGUAGGAGAUAUCCAAGCCCAGAAGUGGCUGGUUUUCCCAAGAGGUGCCUGAGAGACAUCUGAGAUUCAGAUAAACCUGUCUGUAAAUACAUUUUCCAUUUAUACACCAGAACCUGUGCUUUUUAGCUAGUUUAUAUGGGAAUAUGUAGUGGAUGGUGACAGAUGCCUUCAGUUUUGCUCCCGAGCUUCCAGGCUUUGGGAAGUUAAGGAGGGUUCCAGGUUCUCUGCGUCACACUCCAAUUUUGAGGGCAUGUGGCAGCUAUGUAGGCCCCGCUCUGGCUUCCCCUUGAGUUUGUCUGGCUCACUUCUGCAGCCACUCCCUGGUCUUGAGAUGCUGACAGGGGGCCCCAGGCACACCUGACAGGUCUCUGCACUGCUGGAAAGCACCUGAGUACCCAGGUCCAGCUCUAGCCCUACCCUCUGCUUCCUCCUUCCUUGGGUCCCAAUUUGCCUGGGGCUCUUAUUAAAAAUCAGAUUGCUGGGCCCUCCUCCAGAACAGUUGCCUUAAGUACCCAGGAGACUCUUAUGCUUCCUAAGUUUGUGCUGGGUUGGAAUCACUUGGGAGCUAUUUUACCUUUAGUAACAGCUUUGACAUAAUGAACACACUACAAAGUCCACCCUUUUGAAGUAUGCAAUUGAAUGGUUUUUAGUUUGUUUACAAGUCAAUCAGCAAUAUCCUGGGAGUGUUUAAAACGAUACUGUCAGGGCCUCUCCUGAGAUUCUGACAUGGAAGGACCAGGAAUCUGGGGCUGUCUUUUCACAGAGCCCCCAGGGGAUAGUUUGCCACAUCCACAGACAUUUUUGGUUGUCACAGCAUGAGGGUGCUGCUGGCACCUAGUGGGUGGGGGUUGGGAUGCUGGCCAAACAUCCACAGUGCACAGGAUACGCCCAUGGUAGACAGUGAUCCAGCACCCACGUCCACAGGGCUCAGGUUGGGAAAACGGCAUCUACAGGAACCUCAAGUCCCUUCCAGCCUAAUGUGACCCUCUAGGACCUCCAGGCCCAGCCCACACGGCCCCCCCAAAACAGAAAGGGGCCUCACCUCCAACAGACCAGCACUAUAGAGAUACUUCUCAAACUGGGGCCCAAGGUCUAACAAGCCCCAAGUGAUGCUGUUGGUCUGAGGACCCCAUUUUGAACAGUGAGGGUGUGCUUCCGUAUAGACCCACAGGGGGCCUGUCUGGGGUCAAGCCCCAUGGUCUCCAGGACGGAAAACUCUACACAGUUCAUUGUCUCCUAUGGUUCCAAAACACACAGCCACCCCAGCAACCAGCCCUCUGGGAAAGCCCAAGCAUGUUCACCACACAGCUGAUAACCCAGAAAUGCUUGCCUCUGCAAAGCAUUUUCCUACCACUUGAAGAGGGGCUGUAUCAGUUUCCUGAGAAUUUUCUUCCAUCCAAAAGAAUGGAGAAGCUGCACCCCCAAGUACCCCAGGCAGAGCUGUGUCCUCUCUGGACUCCAAGAGGCUGUUGAAAAGAGGGUUUCAAUGUGAGGACAAACUUCCGGUAUGCAAACGACAGCUCAAGUGGGGCCCAGCGGCUGGUCUCCAGUGACAACCAGAGAGUAAACAAUCAUCCCAGGUGGGCUUCAUCACAGGCCUGUCCAGAUUCCAGCAGGGCAGAUGCAUCCUUGUCAGAAAGCUCAGCCCCAUACCUGGGAGCAAGAGAGGACUGUUGGUGGUGGUGAGUGCCAAGCCGUGUCAGGCAGACCUUCCAAAAUAGAAGAAGCUCUCCAACCCAGGCACAAUCCACACAGGGCUGAGAUGCUAACCAAGUUCUUCCCGAUUAGGGAAGAGGUCUGCUGGUGAGGAACUGCAGAGGCCACAAGGACCCUCUCCCCCAGCGUGGGCAGCCUAGGGCAGAGUGGGGCAUCUGGCUUCUUCUUUGGGGCUAGAUCGGGUACCUGCCCCAGCCCAGCUUGAAAGCAGCCUGGAUCCACUAUCUAUUGCCCCUGGGUGGCCUGUCUCCUUAGUGACCAACGGCUUGAGCACUGGGUGGACUCUGCCCCAGGCUGGUAUAUCCCUGUCACUAGCCCCCACUGGCUCUGCGUUCAAGCCUGCAGACUAUAAGCACUGUGGCUUGUGCCUCCCCAGGGGAGGGCCCUGCCCCACCCAGCACAUUUGCUAGAGGUUGGGCUUGAGGGUCCAGCCAGAAGCCAACUACUGGGGCCCUGAGACAGGAAGAAAGGUCCUUAUGUGAAACUCAGACAGAUCGGAAGGCAGUUGUCAGCCCUGGAAGCCAGGAUCCCUCUAGCCAGGAAGGGGGAUGGGUGGGCAGACAGAGGCUGGGAUUCUGGGAACACAGGCCAGAAACUAACUUCAUGGGAAAAACCUUCGGUAGGCAGGAAGAUUCCAGAGCAUGUUGUGGUUGAAACGACAGCAACACACA